GGUUGGUUUAUUUCUGUUGGAGCGUCUCUACCAAUACGUAAAUAGCGCGGGACUCUCGUUUUUCGAAAUAUUAUGUGCCGAAAAAGUGUGCUGAGUUUUGUGAGUGUACAUUUUUGUGAAUAUUAAGGAUAUUUUAUUUGCUACGGAUGGCGAUUACAUCGGUGUACAGGGUGAUGGUAUUGACAUACACAUCCAUCCUACUUAUAGCCUGCUUCUCGUCCAUAGUUCUAGCUUCAUUCUGUUCCGAAAGACAAUACCUCAAUGCCAAACUGCAAAAAUGCAUGAAUUGUUCGCUGUGCAAAAACAAUACAGUCGUUCUACGCCCUUGCGAAUUCCACCGUGACACUCUCUGUGCCCCCGUUAGUGAAUUGCUGAAGACGAUGAAUACGGGAAAUCCCCAUAGACAUAAGCAUAAACAACACCCUCAACACCAUCACGUGAAAACGCCGAAAGAAGAUGAAGAUAUCGAGUGGCGAUAUGGUGAUGAUAUACGAAAUGUUCGGCCUAGUACCGUACAAGAAGAACCUAAAGCAGCAGCAUCAGAGAUCUCCCGAUCCGAUGCUCCAUUCUCUAGUACCGAAGCCUUGGUAUGGGACUGGCAGGCUAUCGCGUUGACUGUUGCGGUGUUCUCGUGCAUACUGUUUUUUCUAGUUAUCACCCUCUAUUCAUUGCAUCAGGCUAAGCAGUGGAGGAGGCUAAAAGAAAACUUUGAAUCAGAUGUAGAAGAGCUAUCAGCAAGGCUGAGCCUUAUGGCAGCUGCAUCCAGCGAAAACGAACUUCUCAAAGAAGCUGGAUUGAAACCAUCAACUCCCGAAGAAGCUGGAACCUACCUCAAUAACACAUGUGUUUAUUUAGAGCAACUACUUAGUGAAAGAAAAGAAGGCGACAAAAUAGGAACCAUACCCAGAGGAAACGUGUACAUAGAAGAAAACAACUCCAAGGGACAAUAACUCUACAACCCCGAAGUACAUGUAGUUUAAAAAACGUCUCUGUUUGUAGCUAUAUGUGUAUAUAGUUGUUAUAGAUAUAUUUUUGUUUAUUUUUGUGCUAAUAAUACGUACUACGAGAAAACUCCCAAUAUAUAACGAAUAAAG